UAAGUUCCCGCACGGAAAAAAAAGCAAAAGCAUCCCUCCAAUAUUUCUUCUGUCCCCAACAAAUUUUCAGGACACAAGAAGAUGCACUUAUGCAGAUUCUCAUGAGGGCCCACAAAUUGGAUCAUCACAAGCCAAACACAUCCUUGCUGAUCUCCCACCCAUCACAGGCAAGCAAUAGAUCAUCUCUACUUGUUGCCACUUGGCUUGCUGGUCAGUCGCUCAGUCAACCACCUUAACUGCAGCAGCAAAGUGCUUCCAAGAACACACCAAGGCAUAGGAGCAGCUAGCAGGAGCACUAGGUAAGAUCAUGGGUUUCACCAUGGGCUUGAACUUGGUACUUGUCCUAGCCAUGGUGGCCACCAACAUCCUUUCCCUCUACCAUCUUUCCUCCCGCGUUCAAUCUCCCAAGCCCCCAUCUGAUCAACAACCAGUACCUGACCACCUUCUCCACCAACUCAACACCAUACGCGCCACCAUCAGCCACCUCACGCGCCACCAGCCACCUUCCACCACCCCAUCUCCCACCACUACCAAACCCUCCGUCCCUCAAGAUCUCCUCCUUUAUUCACACCUCUCACCUAUAGCUUCUUCUUGCCAUAAUCACCCUGAUCUUCUACACAAGUACAUGAGCUACUCUCCUUAUUCUCUUUGCCCUCAUGACUCUGAUCUUCUUGCUGAGUCCUUAAUCCUCCAUGGCUGCCACCCUCUCCCUCGCCGUCGAUGCUUCUCCAAAACCCCACCAAAACCACCCUCUUCUCUACCUCGUAACCCUUUCCCUUCUUCUUUUCUCGACUCCAAUGUAAUAUGGAACAAGUAUCCUACUUGCAGGUCAUUUUCUUGCCUAGCUAAGCAAAACCCAAGUCUUGGUUUUGAUCUAAAUAAUGAGAUCUCCAAGUUCAUGACCUAUAAGACUGAGUUGGAUCUCCCAAUCCCGCAGUUGCUACAAGUAGCAAAAUCAGCCGAUUCUGUUAUUAGACUCGGCAUUGAUAUCGGUGGUGCUACUGGUACUUUUGCAGCUAGAAUGAAGCAGUACAAUGUGACUGUUGUCACUACAACAAUGAAUUUCAAUGUGCCUAAUAAUGAAGUGGUGGCAAUGAGGGGCUUAGUGCCACUUCAUGUGCCAUUGCAGCACAGGUUGCCAGUUUUUGAUGGAGUGGUGGAUCUGGUCAGAUGUGGACACGCAGUGAAUAGGUGGAUGCCUUUGACAAUGAUGGAGUUUUUGUUCUAUGAUGUUGAUAGAGUGUUGAGGGGUGGUGGCUACUUGUGGUUUGAUCACUUCUUUAGUAAACGAGUAGAUCUUGAUAAGGUUUUUGGACCUUUGAUUGGGAAAUUGGGUUACAAGAAAGUAAAGUGGGCAGUUGGGAAUAAAACUGAUUCUAGUGGCUUGAAGAAUGGGGAGGUUUACUUGACUGCACUCUUGCAAAAGCCUGUGUAAAAAUGUGGAGCAGAUAGAUCACUUGAGGAUGUGUCUUGCUCUUGACAUUAUCCCUGGGAAGAAUAAAGCUUUUGCCUCUUCCAAUUUUGUCUCCAAUUUAUGAAGAUUUGGUCCAGAGCAUUACAUCUUUCAAAAAUUGCUUCGUGACUUGGUGAAACAUUCAUGGAAAAAGCUCGUAUUUAGGUGUUGAUGAAGAUCCUUGACUCAUUAGUCAUGACAACCUACUAACUGCCAAGUGUUUCAUAUAAAAACAAUUUCUAUAUACCCAAUGUAUUGCUCCCUUCUCAUGCAUCCUGUGGAUCUCAUACAAAUGUGUGAAGUAGAUAGUAGUGCACUGGGUAUGCUCAAUGAUUUCCCUGUUGCGUGUAUCUAAAAUUUUACUGUAAAAUUAUCCUGUCUUCUCUUAGCCUACUGUGACAAAUCAAAAUUUGAACUUCUGCAGACAAUUGCUCUUUAGAUUUUUAUUUGCCAUCUGCUAUGUCUUUAGGAACUCUCUUUAAUGCCUUGAGUUCUUUGUGAAUGUAGCUGCAUAUCCAUCAUAUCGAAUCAAAGGCAUGGUCUGUAUUCUAAUGUGUUAACGCAGUAACACUAAGCCUCUGUUCAAUCCCUUUUAUUGAUAUCAGUACUGCAUUCAAAUGUGAGAGAUUACAAAUA